UAACGAAGGAAAACGACGCAAUGGCGGCCAACAGGCGUUCUCGCGGUGGUAGCGCUCUUUCGUGCAGGUUAUGCUUUCGUGGACAAGAAGUGGACUAUCUGUUUUUACCCUGCCUCUGUACAGGUGACGCUGGCCUCGUUCAUCGUGGUUGUAUUGAGCGCGCGCUCUUGCAGAAUGGGAACGAAUCAUGCGCCACCUGUGGAUAUCGCUUCAAAAUCAAGACCAAAACAAAGAGCAUGUUUUUGUGGCUUGUCUCAAGUGAUCGUCGCCAAGAAGCGGUAUUUUUCAUGUUGAACACAUUCGGUUCUAUCGGAGACGUACUGGCUUUCACACUGGCAUGGCUAAAGGCGCUGAGCUAUCUCAACUCUCCUUUGGGACCUGCUGUGCCUGCCCUGGUUGCCGUAGGAUUUCUUGUCGUCCUUUCUUUCUUCUGGGCUCUCUUUGUAGGAUAUCGCUUCUGGUAUUUUACAGAGCCUUUGCGUCAAUGGCGCCGGGACACGUGCCGUGUUCAAGUACUUCCAGCAUCGCCCGUGGCACGGCAAAGGCAUCGGUUCAAUGACAGCGCUGUUGCAACUGUGUACCCAGCAUCGGAGAGGAACUCCUAUACUCUUGCAGUUUCAGCAUCGUAACAGAAGUCGUUGAGGAGCUGUGCUUGUAACACUUGAUGUAUAAACACUUGUUCCUUGAAAUGGA